UUGCAUAGAGCAAAAUAUAUUGCAUGUCAACAUACUAUAGUAACUAAUUUGCAUGUUGACAUAUUAUAUUACAUGUUGUCACAAUUAUCAAACAUAUAAUGCUAAUUAAAUUGCUUUUAGAUAUAUAUAAUUAGUAGCAUAUUUAUUCUACUGUUACAUCAAACAUAUGUGACGCAAAAUAAACAAAAAGGCUGCAUAAGACGUGGAUUUACCAUGAAUCAAGGCGCAAAGAAAGAUUAAACAUUUUAUCGAGUAUCUGUACACAUUUUCGAAUUAUAUUCUUUAUAUAAGUUAACUUUUUAGAUAAAGGUAAUAGUUAACAAGUUUUAAAAUACAUUUUAUUCAAUCAGUAUAUAGACCAUAUUAUAGCAACACGACGAAAUUGAUGCAACAUCUUACUUAUUAACAGCUUCUGAGCUCAGUGGAGCUAUUCUUAUCCCUUUUUUGUCCGGCGCCCGUCUGUCUGUUCUAGUUCAGAAACUUCUUUACAUUUUCAAUUCUGUCUCCAGAACCACUGGGUCAAUUUUCAUCUAUACUAGGCACACACCAUCCGGAGAAGAAGGGAAUUUAUUUUUUUUUAACGAAGGGUCAGACUCUUUUUCAAAGAGAGAUAACUAAAAAUCAUUAUGAAAAAUUUGCAUUUAAAUUUUUUUAUUAAAAACCCAGCCAGAAAAGCCGUAACUUUUUCUGAAAACAUCAUCAGUGGUGAAGAUUUUCUGGGUACGAUAUUUGCAUAGGAAUAUAAAGAGAUACAAUUUUAAAAGGCUUCAUCUCAAUAACCAAUAGGCUAUAAAACACAGUUACUUUUUUUAAAAGCAUCCUCAAGUAGCUUUAAGUUUGCUCCAAACAUUAUCCCUGGGGGAUAGGUUGGACCACAGAGUAGGGUCAAGGUUUUAACAUAGAAAUUCUGUUUAAAAUAAUAUUCUCAAAAUCUGACAUAUCGUUGAUUCUGAAUGUUAGACUGUACCCCCUGGACAAUUCCUGGGCCCCACAUUGGGUUAAAAGUUUGAUGAAAGUUCAUAUAUUUGUAAACAGUUGUUGGGUACUUUUUUGUGAGCUACAAAGCUCAAUAUGUGAUGGGACUAUAAAAUCAUUCUCUUAUAGGAGAACCUUAUUUGUUUAACACAAAGGUAUAGGAGGGCUUUGAAAAUCUUUUUAUACAGGAUCUAUUCUACUACUUUGUCUAGAUAUUCCAUCUAUUACUUAAAAACAUGAUUUUAUUAUUGAGAUUGUGGCUCAUCAGACUCUUGUAUAAAAUGGUUAAAUUGGAUUUUGAAAAGUAUUUCCAGCUACGACACAUCAAUUCAAGUGUCAUAUUUAAGUUUAAAUGUGUUACGCAGAGAAGAAUAAGAGUGAUAGGUUGGUUAUAGCGUGUAUAAGUUGAUAUAGCACAAUGUAAAACUUUAUGAUAUCUGCUUCAGUAUUUUCAUUUCUUGAUACUAUCAUUUUUAAUUAUGACAUGGCUUAAAAACUGCGUUGAAAAUAUAUGAGUAAAUAUUUGGAUUAAAUAUAAACUAAAAUUUAGAGUUACCCUUGAUGGCCAUUUCAGAAAGAUUUAAUUUGUUAAUUUUCUUACAGGUGAUAACUUUAAAGAAUUUAAUUAUAUCUUGAAAUAGCUAAGUUAACAAUUGCCUUUGUUCAACCCUGAAGUAUUUAAAGGUGAAAGACAUUUAAAACUAUUCAAAUAAAAAGUCGUGUCGACGAUUUCUGCAAACUCAAUGUCUUGCUUGCCCACUUUCUUUGUCCAGAUAAAAAAAUAUUCUGUAAGAAGAUUGACAAUUAAAUUGUCAACACAUUUUUAUCCCAUGUAGACAUUAUUAUUUGGAGCGUCUUGGAGUGUAUUAUCUUGCAUGUUGACAAAAUAAAUUAAAUAUUACAUUUUGGGGCAAAAAAUGCCACCAUAAUAAACUUGAAAAGUGUGUCUUCCUCGUUAAUGGGUGAUCAUUAACAACUGUUACAGUUUUUUAGUAACCGAGGAAAUUUGACACACCUUCUCCUUGGUGUUUCUAAUAACAUAAUCAAAAUAAAAAGAAAUAUGGAUAUGCUAUGUAAAAGCACUGUAAAACAUACCGUUACUUUAUUGUUAUCAUUAUAUCUGAAAUAAAGAUGUUCGAAAAAAUAAAUAACAUUAGUAACAUAAUGCAAAAGAACGUAAAAUGUAUUAUCAAGUAACUCUAGAAGUGACUUUGGAAAAAGGGUGAUUUCAAUGAAAAUCAAAUAAAACGGAAAACUAAACGUACUUUUGAUAUAUUUCCGAAGUUGUGUUUUAUUUACGUUGAAAUAAUAUCUGUAUUACAUGUACAGUACAGUAUUUAGAUACAUUGUGAAUUUACAACUUAGUACAAUUAUAUUUAAGUACGUAUAUGUACAAAUGUUAAUUGAUCAAACAGUACAACACUUGCAUUGAGGUUUUAUUGCUCGUUUAAAAAGAGAUCACCUGCAAGAUUGAUAAUCAAUAUCGUCACGGUGUAAGCUUAGAAUAGCGAUUUCGAAAAAAAAAAGUGAAACGCAUUGAUCUACAAUUCUGCGAAUGAAAGUACUUUCGGUUUGAAAGUAUGCAAUGGCUUCCUCGAAGGAAGGAGCGCCGUUAGAAAGGGAUAUAAGAACGACAUGUCCGAUCUGCUUCGAAUCUUUCAAGACGCCAAGGAUUCUGCCAUGUCUGCAUACGUUUUGUCACAACUGUUUGUCGUCAUUCAUUCUUUCCACGUGCAAGACCAAGGAGAGCCCCGUGGGUUUUCCCUGUCCACUCUGUAGACGUUUUGUUCCCGCUCCGUCUUUUUCAUUAGAGCUUGAAAAAUGGUCGGAACAUAUUCCUGUCAAGAAAACAUUUCAAGUGCUGAUAGAAAAAGGAGACAAAUUAUGUGAUGCAUGUCAGCGAGAACACGAGGAUCUAGUGGCUAGUGAUUGGUGUGAAUCUUGUUCCGAUUCCCUUUGUGCUGUGUGUGCUAAAGCUCAUAAAAGAAAUACAACCUCUAGGAAUCAUACGUUGGUUCCAAUAGCAGACUUUUGUAAAGUACCUGGAGGAAACGAAAGCUUGGAAUCUGCACCAGUGGUAUGUCAGGAGCAUAGCAAACGUGUGAAAUACAUCUGUGUUGAUCACGAAGAACUAUGCUGUACUAAGUGUGUGUGCACCAAGCACAGGAAAUGCACUCAGGUCGACGACAUAGAAGAAGCCGCAGAAAAUCUACGAAAGUCAGAAAAAAUAAAAAAAUUAUCGAAAGAAAUAUCACAAUUUGAAGGUUCAUUUACGAAAGCUAAAUCAAAUGGAGAGGACACCAUUAAAUACAUUGAAGAUACAACAGACCAAAUAAAGGAAGAAUCCACGGAGCUAAGAGACAGACUUGUGAAUCAUGUAAAUCCCCUACUAGAGGACCAUCUCUCUGAACUGGCCCAAAAUGCAAAGAAACAGAAGGAGAGAUUGGCCAGCUUUGUAGACGCAGCGUCUGACCGACAGUUUUUGAUGGCUCAAUAUUUGCACACUUUGGAGUUUUCGGAGGACACGCCUGCACCCGUUCUUAUCCAAGACUACUACACGAUCAAGAGGCAUUUCGAACAUGUUACUCGCUCAGGUUUUGGUCAAGUUAAACUAAAAUUGCAAUCACAUGUUCCAAAAGAUCUUACAGGUAUCCUCAAGUUCACAAAAUUUACAGAUUUGAAGACACAAAUGAAAUCUGUUCCACUUAGAGGCAUUGAUUUUACAAGUGCAGAAAUGAAGUUGAUUUGUGAAUUACCCGAUUCAAACGGUGAUAUUACCGGUGGCUGCUUUUUAGAAAAUGGGGACAUCAUUUUGGUUGGUCGCAAUUCCAGUAAGUUAUUGCAUUACAGCAAUGCGACCCUUACUCAUUCAACAAAAUUUGAUAUUAAACUUCAAGAUGCGGUUUGUCAAAAUACCACUCGACUUCUCAUUUCCAAAAACGUUCUUACAAAGAAACGUAAAUCAUGGGGAUUCAUCGGAACAUUUAACCUUGACCAAUUUGAAGAUAACAAGUUUUAUAUUGCAAAAGAAAACCGGUAUGUUUACGGAUUGGCGAUAUCUGAAGAAUUUGUUUAUGCUGCUUGCUCAGAGGUUAUAAUCAAAUUUGAUUACAAUGGACGUACUGUUCAGCAAUAUCCGGUCGACAAAAAUACUUUUUCGGUAGCAACGAACAACAACAAUGAAAUAAUCAGCUCUAGUUGCGAUACUCACAAAGUUACAGUCAUGAGUAGUUCUGGAGAGAAAUUAUAUACGUAUUCUACUAGGUACUUUGCUAGUCAAACACUGCGGUAUCCACAAGGACUUGAUGUGAACUUUACAGGGAAUAUAUUUGUUGCAGGCAAGGACAGCCGUAACAUACACGUUUUAACCCCAAAAGCUGAGUUAUUGAAAAUUUUUGCAAUUGAUUCGGAAUCUCCACCAAUUAGCAUCAAACUGAAGGAAAACUCCAACGUCUGUUUUGUGGGGUUUUGUGAAACACCAACAAAGGUGUAUGAAUUUCAAGAAGAUGCCAUGUGGAAUUGAAUUUAAUCGAACAUAUUAAGGUACAUCAUAGUAUGAUAUAGUUUGGUGUUUUUUUUUUCAAAUAUAAAGUACGUCAUAGCUUGACGUAAUGUUAAAACACUGUUUAGAAUAAAACGUUUGUGUUCAGUUAUAUUUAGAUGAUAAAAAAUUAAGUAUAAUGAUGUUUGUAUAUAUGGACAUAGGGAUUUAAAUAACUUUUUAUUUGUUGUUAAAAAAUCAUGAUAGAAAUAUUUUGUUGUAAUGACUAUCCAGCGCAUAUAUUUACAUUCAGUGUAUAGCUCCCCUUGUGGUUGCAUUGGAAAUCUGCAACGUUCAAUUUUAUUUAUGAAUACACUUUGCUAAUUCAUGCACCAUGAGCACAAAGAUAAACGUCUUCACGUGUUUUAAGUAUAUUUAUUUUUUUAAGAUUAAAUUAAGCUUUCAAUCUUACAUAACCAAUUUGAUAUGUACUUUUGAAAAAUAAUUAUCAAAUUAUAUCUACUCCAUAUUAAAAAGAUUUUUCUACAAAGAUUUUGGCACUAUAUUUUUAAUCGCGGAAGCGAACUAAAUAACAUGUUAAUAUGACUGUUCCAUGUAUGUUUCCUUAAUGAAAGCGUAUACAAUGGCUUUACAGCGACAAUACACAUAUACACGUAUUCCAUACAAAUAGACAUCUAAGGUCGUUUUGCUUAGGGCCAGCCCCAUUAGACUGAUCACACAUGUUGUAAUUUUCAUUUAUUCAGAAUAUAU